UACAGGUAGAGGAUCAGACUUGAUUAUAUCACCCAGCACCCUGCACACAGACCUCCGUAUGGGGAGACAGGGGUUAAAGACACAGCCCAGGGUUUGGGGAGACGCUGUAGGGGUAGGCUGUGAGACCCCCCCUUAAACAAACAGACUGGUGGCCUCUGCUCGGAUUAGACCGUCAGAAACCCAGACUGUCCCACUUUCCCUGCACGAGGACACCGGCAGCGGUACGUGGACUACAGUGGACCGGUGGAGUCUGCAGCCCGGCUCGCCUGAGUCCUUCCUCUCCCUCUUCUUCCUCCUCUUGUUCAGCGCCAGGAAUCAAAGACGAGACACAAGGAUGAAUGGGGAGACCCGGGUCUGCAGAGGUCAGCGAGCCGGAUCGGUGCUCUCCUCGGUGAUAAAGUAGACUCUGAGGCCCGAGAAGACCGGGUUUCUCUCGCAUGCAUACUGGAGGAAGGAAAGGACUGUGUUCUGGGGCAAGUCCAAAGACUCAGGAUGAGGAGCCCCAGAGUCAACGGGAUGGUUUUUGCCUUAUGUCUUGGAUGUUUCAUUAUGGUCCUCCUGUACUUCAACAGCAGUCUCAAGCUGGCCUCAGAGCCCCUCAGCGAGCGGAGCAGCGGGCAGAAGUCGAGGAGGAGUCCUCUGCAGACACUUUAUGAUGGAGACCAGGUUGAGUCAGCGGUCCAGGCAAUCCAUCAGGGUCGACGGGAGGUGUUGGAAGAAGCCUGCCGCUCCUACACCCGUAAACGCAGAGUUCUCAUCCCGGAGGACCUGAAGCACAUCAUCGUGGACGACCAGCAUGGACUGCUGUACUGCUACGUCCCCAAAGUGGCCUGCACCAACUGGAAGCGGGUGCUCAUGGUGCUGACAGGUGUAGCCGGGUCCCACCAAGACCCUCUAGAAAUCCCUGCCAACGAGGCCCACGUUGCAGGAAACCUCCGCACCCUGUCAGAGUACUCCACCUCUCAGAUCAACCAGCGCCUGCGCUCCUACCUGAAGUUUGUGUUCGUGCGUGAGCCCUUUGAGCGGCUGGUGUCCGCAUACCGCAACAAGUUCACACGGAGCUACAACACAGCUUUUCAUAAACGAUACGGCACAAAGAUUGUGCAGCGGCACAGGCCAAACCCCCAGGCUGAGGCUCUGGAGAGAGGGAACGAUGUCUCCUUUGAGGAGUUUGUGUAUUACCUGGUGGACCCGGCCACUCAGCGAGAAGAGCCCUUUAACGAGCACUGGGAGCGGGUGCACUCACUGUGCCACCCCUGCCUCAUCCACUACGAUGUCGUGGGGAAGUACGAGACGCUGGAGCAGGACUCCCGCUAUGUGCUUCAGCUGGCCGGGGCGGAGAGCCAGGUCAGCUUCCCCACCUCAUCCAAAAGCACAAGGACUACAGGAGACAUGGCGGCCCAGUUCUUCAACAACAUUAGCCCCUUCUACCAGAAAAAGCUGUAUAACCUCUAUCGCAUGGACUUCCUGCUCUUCAACUACUCUGUUCCAGCUUACCUCAAGUUUAGAUGAGGCUGGGACCCAACUUGAACGUGUGGAGCCAGAACUCUGUUUUUGAGUGUCUUUUUGAAGGCCGUACGAUGGACCACUGAAAAAAAUAACUGUGCUAGUUGAACUCUGAAGUGACGUAAUUACUGUUAACAGUCUGGUGAAUGUUCUCGCACAAACAGGAUGUGAAGGAGAUCCAUCUAACAUUUUACUGUAAACAGUGACUGGGUAGGUUUGGUCACUGCCUCUGAGUGAAUUUGAUUCAGCCUCUGGUGUAUCUUUGGUUUCCUGCUGUUAAACUGUCAUGUAUGAGAUGUAAUCUGCAGCAGCAACGUGUCAGUGUUACGGCCAAAUUCCACCAGAUCCGUGUCCGGUCCGUCUCUGAUCUGUCAUGGCACCGGAUCUGAUAGAUUUCUAUUCCAGUCAAAAUCUAAACU